AUGCAAGAUUUUCUAUAGAAAAAGGAUGAAAAGAUAAAGGAAUAAAGAAGAAUCUUAGAUUUUUAAGAAGAACUUGAAAUUCAUAAGGAAUAGAAGAGAAAACCUAAAAAUGAUCAGCUCUAUAUUUGCAACACAAAUAUUUAAUUCAAUUAGCAAGUAGAUUCUUCCACAUUCUUGCAAACAGAUGAAUUUCCUGAGAAAAUUAAGUCCUUUUAGUGCUUAAGUAAAUAAGAGCUUCAAAUGGUAGCAAGAAUGCAGAUAGAUAUAUAAAGAAGAAGAUUGAAGCAUGAUACUAAGCUAAAAAUGAAGGAAUAUGAAUAAAGUAAGGAGCUAUGUUAAAUGUUUACUCCCAAGAUUAAUAAAAAGAAGAGAACUUAAAGUCAAAGCAAAGAUUAAAGUAGCAAUACUCAGGAUGAGACAGAUUGUUCAAAAUUCUUAGAGCGAGUCUCAGUUUAUGAAAGAAUGAACUUUGAUGCAGAGAGAAGAAGAGAGUCGGUAUCUAAGAGAAAUAAGGAAUAAGAAGAUUAAGAUUAGUAAACAUAGCAUAAAUCAAGCAUGAAAAGUCUUUCAAGAGAAAGAUCCUAAAGGAAACUAAGAAAAAUGGUAUUCCCAAGUGAUCAUGAAUAAAAGUUAAGAGAAGCAUUAACUAAAGGCAUUUCAGCAAUUGAUCUUUGGAAAUUUAUGGGUGAUAAUCCUGUUAAUAGCAAUUAGAAUAAAUCUUCUUAAGCUAUUGCAACUCUUAAUGAACAAUAUUUCAUGAGUAAGGGAAAUUCAAUAUGCUCAGGAGAGUAGAUUGUCAUUGGUUCUCAAUCAGUUUAGAUUGAAUAAGACUAAAAGCAUAAGUCAAUGGGUAAAUUGCUUGCAUCAUCUAGCAUUAAAAAUAUUUCAGCUAUCGAGAGAAAAAUAUGCCCAGGUCAACCUUAAACUCUGAAAAAGCAAGACAGUAAAAUGUAUCAGCAGGUUCAGUAAAAGUUGGUUGAAAAGAACAGAGUGAAUGUUCAAGUUAAAAAUUAACCCACCAAGGAUACUAAGAUCUCACAGAAUUAGAAAAAUUAAAAGAGUAUAAACAGAAAUAUGAGUGUAGAUACCAAAAAAUCUAGAGAUAAAAGCACGAAAAGUGAUAAAUCACUUUAAAAGAAUGUAUAAAGUACAAAAUCUUCUUAAAAUCCAUAGAGCAAGCACAUAAGUCGCAUGGAUGCAGAGAAAUAUGCUAAUAAACUUUGGUCCUAAUGCUCAGUUAAGCAGUUCAAUUUCUUUGAUAACAGCAAGAAUAACUCGAUAAGCUAAUCAAAUGCUGAUUUAUCGCUAAUGAAACUGAAUUCCUACUCUUCACUCUAAAACUAAAUCCAUCAUAACUCUAAAAUAGCUUCCAAUUUUUUAAGCGCUAAUCAUUUGCUUUGA